UGGCAACAACAACUUGGUUACCAAGUUUUAUGAACGCACCUUUCCCGUCUGCUAUUCCUCUACCUUUCAGCUUCCACGUUAAAAAUGUCGGCGGCUGAAGAAUUUCCGACUGUGACUACUGGACAGCCUCAUUUGGCAAAACAAGAUCUUUCUAAAUUAGAUGUUUCUAAAUUGAAUGCUCUUUCUCCUGAAGUCAUCAGUCGGCAGGCCACCAUCAAUAUUGGCACGAUUGGACAUGUGGCCCAUGGAAAGUCAACAGUGGUAAAGGCCCUGUCAGGUGUGCAGACUGUGCGUUUCAAGAAUGAGUUGGAACGCAACAUCACUAUCAAGUUAGGUUAUGCUAAUGCCAAGAUUUUCAAGUGUGACAAUGAAAAAUGCCCCAGACCUAUCUGUUACAUGUCUGGAAGCUCAUCAAAGGAUGACUCCUUCAUGGGCCCCUUAGGAAAAUUCAAGUUAGUUCGACAUGUAUCCUUUGUGGAUUGUCCUGGCCACGACAUUCUCAUGGCCACCAUGUUGAACGGUGCUGCCGUCAUGGACGCGGCUCUCCUUCUUAUUGCUGGGAAUGAAUCCUGUCCACAGCCCCAAACUUCAGAGCAUUUAGCUGCUAUUGAAAUCAUGAAGCUCAAGCACAUUUUGAUCCUUCAAAACAAGAUUGACUUGGUGAAAGAGAGUCAAGCUAAGGAUCAAUACGAACAGAUUUUGAAGUUCGUUCAAGGUACCGUGGCCGAAGGAGCUCCCGUUAUCCCAAUUUCAGCUCAGCUGAAAUAUAACAUUGAAGUUAUCUGCGAGUACGUCGUUAACAAGAUUCCCAUUCCGUUGCGCGAUUUUACUGCAGAACCCCGGUUGAUUAUUAUUCGUUCGUUCGAUGUCAAUAAACCCGGUUGCGAAGUAGACGACCUUAAGGGAGGAGUUGCUGGAGGCAGUAUUUUGAAGGGUGUUCUCAAGGUGGGACAAGAGAUUGAAGUGCGGCCUGGAUUGGUGUCUAAAGAUUCUGAAGGAAAGCUAACAUGCAAUCCCAUCUUUUCCCGGAUCGUCUCUUUGUAUGCCGAACAAAAUGAGCUGAUGUAUGCCGUUCCGGGUGGUUUGAUUGGUGUCGGUACUAUGAUUGACCCAACUUUAAGCCGAGCGGAUCGAAUGGUUGGACAAGUUCUGGGAUCUAUUAAUGCUCUGCCAGAGAUUUUCACUGAGCUUGAGAUUUCCUAUUUCUUACUUCGUCGCUUGCUGGGUGUUAGGACUGAAGGAGACAAGAAAGGAGCCAAGGUCCAGAAACUUUCUAAAAACGAAGUUCUGAUGGUCAACAUUGGCUCUUUGUCUACUGGUGGUCGCGUCUUAGCUGUUAAGGCCGAUUUGGCAAAAAUUAGCUUGACAAAUCCCGUGUGCACUGAUGUGGGAGAGAAGAUCGCUCUCAGUCGCCGAGUUGAGAAACACUGGAGAUUGAUUGGAUGGGGUCAGAUUCGUCGUGGAGUUACCAUCGCAGCCGAGAAAAAGUGAAAAGAACCAGAAAUCCCAACCAACUCGCCAGCCACUUUAUUUUCAAUUAUUUUUGAAGGAACCAUGGGAUAUUUGACCACUGAGGAUACGUGUUCAAUACACGUGCCACAAAAUUUUGA